GUGGGAGUUUCUAUCAUACAUACGAAUCAUAGCCAGCCAGGGAUUCAUCGUGUCUGCUGUACGGGUGUGAAGGGGGGAGGAGGACUCAUUGGUUCGCGCGUGAGUAGCCUAGCGGCACGCGUACGGUGGAGAGGUGUGACACUUGAAGAGGGGAGCCUUCAGGACAGAUGCGGUCUUGCGCGCAUUUACCGUCCUUCUCUGUCGGUUACCCAUCGCUGGACGCUUAAGAUGCAUGAAAGGGCGCAAAUGAACGACUAGUAUUAACGACAAAUAAAUGUGAUACUCUUACCUGGGCUAAGUAUUAAGCAGUUUACUGAAUACCAGCGCGACCCGCUGAAACGUUCUUUGACAAUUAUGACCGCAGACAAAGAUAAAAGGAGGGCGCUGAGCAAGGAGGCGGCGAGGGUCCGGCGCAGGGCGGAGUCUGAGGUGUUCUGUGACCUCAAGCGCCUCUUGCCCCUCCCUGCCACAGUCCGCACCCCCCUGGACAAACCCUCAAUCAUACGGCUCACCAUCAGCUACCUACGCACACACACCUUACUGACAGGUAGUGGUGUGUCCCAGGUGAGUCAGAGCAGAGUGGAGGAGCAGAGACGAGGGCUGGGAGAGACCACAGGUGAUAGACAGACAGGGGGGUCAUGGGGCAGCCCACCUGGACGGGGCUGGGGGGAGACAGAUCUCUACUUGCAGGUCCUGGGGGGCUUCUUCAUCAUCGUGACAACCGAGGGACACAUGAUCUACCUGUCUGAGAAUGUUAGCCAGCACAUGGGCCUGACACAGGUUGAGUUGAUGGGACACAGCAUGUUUGAGUUCAGCCACCCAUGUGACCAUGAGGACAUCAAAGACAAGCUCUGCUCAGCCUCAGAUGAAUGGUGGCCAAGUCGACGGAGGAACUUCCUCAUGAGGAUGAAGAGCACCAUCACACACAGUGGGAGAAUCACCAACCUCAAGUCAGCGUGCUGGAAGGUUCUUCACUGUCAGGGGUGUGUGAAGGUGUGUGUGUUCCCCUCCCCGCUUACCUGCCUACUCAUCCUCUGCCAGCCUCUGCCUCUCUCACACACACUCGUCCACACACACUCUUUCACCAGCCAGCACAGCAUGGACUUGAGAUUCCUCCACUGCGACCAGAGGGUUGGAGAGCUGUUGGGGUAUUGUCCAGAAGAGCUUUUGGGUCACUCAGUGUAUGAGCUGUGUCACACUAUGGAUCAACAUAGUCUGAGCAGGAGCCACAGGAACUUGUGUUCUAAAGGCCAGACAGUCAGUGGUCUGUACAGACUGCUGGUGAAGAGGGGAGGGUAUGUGUGGGCGGAGAGCCACAGUGCUGUCAUCUCCAGUCCCCGCCUCUCCAAAACAAACUACAGCUCCCAUCAGCCCCCCUGUGUCCUGUCGGUCACCUACAUCCUCAGUGGAGUGGAGGAGCCAUCCUUGUUGCUGUCUCUGGACCAGGCUCUCUACCUGGAGACAGGUGUAGAGUCUGGGCCCACUGCCCCUGCAGACCUGGAGACAGGUGUAGAGUCUGGGCCCACUGCCCCUGCAGACCUGGAGACAGGUGUAGAGUCUGGGCCCGGUGCUGCAGACCUGGAGACAGGUGUAGAGUCUGGGCCCGCUGCUGCAGACCUGGAGACAGGUGUAGAGUCUGGGCCCGGUGCUGCAGACCUGGAGACAGGUGUAAAGUCUGGGCCUGCUGCCCCUGCAGACCUGGAGACAGGUGUAGAGUCUGGGCCCACUGCCCCUGCAGACCUGGAGACAGGUGUAGAGUCUGGGCCCACUGCCCCUGCAGACCUGGAGACAGGUGUAGAGUCUGGGCCCACUGCCCCUGCAGACCUGGAGACAGGUGUAGAGUCUGGGCCCACUGCCCCUGCAGACCUGGAGACAGGUGUAGAGUCUGGGCCCACUGCCCCUGCAGACCUGGAGACAGGUGUAGAGUCUGGGCCCACUGCCCCUGCAGACCUGGAGACAGGUGUAGAGUCUGGGCCCGCUGCUGCAGACCUGGAGACAGGUGUAGAGUCUGGGCCCGCUGCCCCUGCAGACCUGGAGACAGGUAUAGAGUCUGGGCCCGCUGCCCCUGCAGACCUGGAGACAGGUGUAGAGUCUGGGCCCGCUGCCCCUGCAGACCUGGAGACAGGUGUAGAGUCUGGGCCCGCUGCCCCUGCAGACCUGGAGACAGGUGUAGAGUCUGGGCCCGCUGCCCCUGCAGACCUGGAGACAGGUGUAGAGUCUGGGCCCGCUGCCCCUGCAGACCUGGAGACAGGUGUAGAGUCUGGGCCCGCUGCCCCUGCAGACCUGGAGACAGGUGUAGAGUCUGGGCCCGGUGCUGCAGACCUGGAGACAGGUGUAGAGUCUGGGCCCGGUGCUGCAGACCUGGAGACAGGUGUAGAGUCUGGGCCCGCUGCUGCAGACCUGGAGACAGGUGUAGAGUCUGGGCCCGCUGCCCCUGCUGCUGCUGAUCUUUCCCACACUGGGAUCAGCAGCCUGGGAGAACAGAGGUACUCACGCUCUUGA